AUGUUAAGCUAGCGUCAAAUCCAUACGUAUGGACAAAGUUUAAACUCUCUAUGGUAGUCUCUCAUACCAUACUGCCGCACAACUAGAUAUGGCUGAUGGAAAUCCAACCGUACGUGGAAAGCAUGAAGUUGAUCCAGAUAUAUACCGUACGUAUCUUUGGCAUCAUGUUCCUAAACGAACGAUCAAUUGCUUGGGAGCCAACACCGCCUUCAUAGUACCGUACGGGACAUAUUGAGCUUCCAUAGGUUUCCAAAGGAGUAUCUACGGCUGGGUGUUCCCACGUCAACGACUCUUGUCAUUAAUAAAGUCAUUUAUGCGACCAAGGACUGUCAGUACGGCCAGUACGGUACGCUCUUAUACAGCAGAGAGUCAAAACUGUCUAUGUUAGUGCCUGAAAACUUUGGAACGGUUAAUCUAUUCUACUGCAACCUCUACAUCAAAUUUCAUAUAACAAACCUUUGGCCUCGUCCUUGAUCCUCCUCUGCACUUCUUCAACACACCAUUUCAAGAAGUAAAAUAGUUACAGCACAAUUACAACUUCCACUUUCAUUUAGUCUACAUUUUUCAAGACAGUAAAUAGCUGUUAUUGAUCAUCUAUCUGUGGCAUGCGAAUACUUGUCUCGUUCUCAUAUCAACAUCCCUUAGGUGUCGAUAUCUUAUUCUAUCUACAUACCUUUACACACAACUCCCAUACCCAUAAUUUCCCACUUGGUGCAUUGUGAGUAUCAUAACAAUGGGCAUUUCAGAAAUUUACCGUUCCAUUGCACGACUUUUCUCUGUCAAGGGCAUCAAUAUCGCAAAUCAAGAAAGCUUCAAGAGUCCUGAGAAGCUUACAAACCGCCAAGAGCCUACAAAUAACAGCAAGACCACUUUGAACAAGGUUAAGAGCUUUGUUGGCUUCUUGGAUAGCAGCAGAUCCAGAAGAUACUGCACAGGUAAUGAAGCAAUGCCACUUAUCCCUUCAGACUAUAAAGUUUAUUAAAACGGCUAAACACUAACAUUGAAUUACCAGGAUCGAAAACACUCGUUGACUCAUCAAGUCCUCCGUCGGCAGGAGAUAUCACAGUCGAAACUUUUUUGCAGGUACACGACCAAGCUAGCUUGAACGAUGCGGUUAGCAGUAACGGCUUUGAUGAUUUUACUGGUCCAUCAUUUGCUGAUACCGUGUUGCCAAUUUUGAUGGCAAUCACUACGGGUAUGUUGCUCUCCUUGUGCGUUCUAUUCAAGACAAUAAGUACUAAUAAUAUAUUGUCAGGCUCAAAUGAAACAACUGUCCACGAUUUUGCUCCUGCGUCACCAUUAGCUAUUUCUUCGGUCGAACCAAUCGUCGAGAACAAUUUGGAAAAUAGUGGUGACCAAUUGAAUGAAGUAGCACAAGUCGCGGAGCACGCUGCUUCCAUUCAUAGCAACAACCACAUUUAUUUUGGUGGUGAUACUAUUGCCCGACCCCCAGUACCAAGCACUCCUUCAAUCAAGGUCAUCUUCGAUGACAGCUUUGACAAUGGUAGUGAGCAUGCUUCCUCCGUUCAUGAAAAUGAAGCUGUUGAUAUCGAAGGUGAGUCAUUGGCAUUAUUGGCCUCUUUUCAGAAAUUCAGUGCUGAAGUUGAAUCAUCACAAGCAGAUCACACAAUCUAUUAUGCUUCCGUCACCCAAUGGACAGAGCGUGUUAUUGUUGAAACUCUCGUCAGCAGCGAGCUGGUAGUCGGUGUAACUGAACCAAUCGUAAGCAACGUUCUUCUUCCAGUGUCUACCUCUGAAUCUUCCGCCAAAACAUCUGGAGAGGUUGAUAUUAGCAACGAACUGUCUGAAACAAACGAGGGCAGUUGUGUUGAUCCAGUUGUACAAGAUGAGCCUAGUUCUUUGAGUCUGGAAAACAUCACAGACGUCGGCGGACAAUCUCAUCCUUUCCCGGAACAUAUUGAUGGUUAUUAUUUCGAUGACACUACCGGUCCAUCCGCUGCAGUUACUACAGUACCUUUCGUGCCACGCAGCAACCCAGGUAUUAUCAUCAAGGCACCCUUGGUCCAACCAUCGAUUGAGAAUGAGGAUCCGGAAUCUUUCUACCGCCAGGUCUAUGCCCGAUGCGACUCGGCAACUGGUAGACUUGAUUCCCCAGACUCAUAUUAUCCUGUUAGGCGACAAGCCAGUCUCUCUCAAUAUGAUGCAGAUGUUGAGCCAAUGCUGAAUCACUCGGAGAACUUACUAGAAAUUAAUGACUCUGACGAUAGACAUUAUGUUCUUCCUCAUCCCGACGAUGUUGAGCUCGAUGAAGAGCCAAUUGCCUUUCCAGAGGUAACUAUUCCGGUAGCUGAUGUCAAAUUGGCAAUCCUGGAACAAGGGGUAGCACAUUCUGAACCCGCACCCGAAAUUAUUCAUACCGAUCAUAACCUAGCACCGGAAGACGUUGUCACCGAACUAGGCCCGGAAACUCAAUCAUACCUUAUGGAACGAGCGCUCUUCAUAUCUGAGCUCGAGGGACAGGGAAUUUUUAUAUCAGACCUUAUGGAACAAACACUCUUCAUCUCUGAGCUCGAAGAACAGGGAAUUUUUAUACCAGAGCUUUCAGAACAAGGAAUUGUUCCUGCUGAGCUGAAUACCCCCAAGCCGGUUGAGCAACGACCUGAACAAGUUCAAGGAUCGGAGGAAAUUGUGAAAGAAAUUAUUCGCACUCAGAUGAUCCCACAUUAUCACCAAUUCAGAACACCCUUUCUUCCUCCCGGUCUCGUCAUUCCUUGGGGCCCAAAUAACAUUAUUCCAAUUCAAUUAAUUGAGUUCAAAGCCACUGACCCUUGGCUGCCAAAUCCAUUUAAUGAUCCACUCGGAUACAGUCGGUUGAAUGAAGUUCAAAAGCGUUGGUGUCAGUUGGAACUAUAUUACAAGCAAACCAUAUUUUGGAUAUGCAAAAACUCUACUGCAGCAAAUCACCUUGAAAACAAUCCACGAAAUAUUUUCUACUGCUUUAACAAUAUCUGUGGUUAUUUUGGAUGCCAGGCAAAGGACUGCAGACAUCCUCAAGUAUGCUGGGUGAGUCUCUAUCGGUCCUACGAAAAGUGGAAACAACAUCGGACAAAUCAAUUGGAGCUUUUUCGGAAGAACGUUAAUCAACAAGCUGCUUUUCAACAACAAUAUGGGAGACCCCUGGCCAAUAUACAAGCUUCUCAAGGACAGCUUUCUGAGCAAGAUGCUUUUGCACAACAAGCUAUUGCUGAAAUAACUACUCGCCAACACGCCACUGCUCAAAGGGCGGCUCAAAAGGCUCCUAAGAAACGACCCGCUGAGUUACAGCUCUUGGUGCAAGAGGACUCUUAUUAUGAACCACCUGCCGGACUAAACGCUGUGGUACAAGCUUUGGAACAAGCUUUUCUUGAGGAAGAGGCCCGUGAGCAAAAGGCUCUUGAGCAAGAGGCUUUCAAAACUUAUGCAGCGGUUGUUGAGGGGAGGGUCAGUCACUAUGGUGCUCAAAUCAAACAAAGUUUUGCUCAAGAGGCUCAAAAUAUGGCAGUAUUUCAAGAGUCUAAUUCUCAACACGCAGGUCAAGAAGCUGGAUCAAGCAUUGAUAAUAGAGAAUCAGGAUCUUCACAGCUCAGAAAAUCUCAUUCCUCUAAUUUGCCUUUAGUCACGGAUCUGGCAAGAUCCGCAGAUUCUAACGAUGAUAUGAUUUCGGGUGGAUUGGGGCCUUUUGGUAGUUGCACGGAGGAUUCUAGAUCAGAUCAGCAAUUGCUCAACUAUGCGUCUCUUCGCGUUCCCGAGAAGAUUGUACUCGAUCCAAAAAUGUCUCGAUGGAACACUAUGUUUCCACCUAAUAAGGAAGGAUCUACAAGUGAAGUGGGAACCCCCGAAAAUUCAGCACCAUACAGCGAUGGAUCUAAUGGACAAAGUAGCGUCUCUGAUAAAAUUGGAAAGGCUACAAAGUCGACACCUGACACUAGCCUUGAGGGCUCGCUGAAAGUAUCUCAACUUGUGCUGGUUUCUAAACAAGAGGCAAAUGAUCACUCAGUCAUCUACACUCCCAACGACGUAGAAGAGGGUGAUCUUUACAGCGCUUCACCCCUCAAAGCGCGAGACCCAGCAGCCCUUUCCCACGAUGUAGAAGAGGAUCAUCCAUACACUGCUUCACGUCUCAAAGCACGACAGGCAGCAUUUAUCGCCCUGGCUAAUGCAUUUACUCUGGACAAGCUAGAAGAGGAUGAUUUAUACAGUGCUUCACCCCGAAGAUUGCCAGAUCCAGCAUUUUCUGCACGGAUCAGCCCAUUCCCGCCUCCAGCAUCCAAAGAGCUCGUAGAAGAUUCCAUUGCAGCAGGUGAAAAAGAUGCAUCGGAAUUGUAUGAUGACGAGGGGUUUUUUGUCGAGGACGUUGUUAAAUAUCUCAAUGGAUUUGUCAUCGAGGGGUCAACCGGAAAUCCUGACGACCGAAGUUCUGACGAUGAGGAAUUCGAUGAGGAAUCUGAUGAGAAGUCCGAUGAUGAAGAAGCCAGGGAUGAAAUGUCAAACGAUGAAGAAUCCGAGGAUGAAGAAACCCAAGUCCUUCCGCAGGCUGGCACUGCCAAGUUUGGCCAGCGCAUUGCCAUUUCAUCCAAACCAGCAACCUCAGGACUAGCUAGUGCUUUCAAGAGACAACGGCUGGAUGAAGCUAGAGGUAUCUUCCAUACGGCACCUCUAGGUCCGGAAGAUCACCCCGAUAUUCUCCUUGACCGAGAAAUUCUUCCAAUUUUGCAGGGAGAUGCGAGGGAGCUUCUCCUCUCGAACAUGUUUAGGGAAAUAGACCACGCGAAAAACCACAUUGCCAAUCAAUGGAUGAACAAUCAAGCACAACAAGGUCCAAACGCACCAAAUGUGGAUUACGUUACGAUUCCUAGGAGAUAUGGAUACGAUGACGAAAAUAUCCAGUUGCCCAGAGCCAUGGCCGAGGAGAUGAAUGAAGCGGAACAAAAAAUAUGGACCAUGGGCAUGGCCUAUGCGGAGCACAAUCGUCUUAAUGAAAUAGAUGACCCAGCGAAGUUUACCUCUGAGAUGCAUAAGGUUCAACCUGCUCUCAUCAACAGGUCGUGGAAACCAGAAGUGAUUGGGAAAUGUGUUGGAAACCUUAAUGUCACACAUUUUGUUCUUUUACCUGGUGAUGAUGAUCCUUUUUCUUUUGAUGAUGGGGUGGCGACAUUCUAAGUCCUUCCCUCGUCUUCAUCCUAGGGUUGUCAUUCCGUGCGCAUAGCCUCCUGCUUGGUUGGUCCUUUUGACGAUUUUGCAAUAUUGUCAAUUUAUAAGUUCUCUACUGCGAACAUGAAUUCACCCCGCUGUCAAUGCUAUGGGCUUACGAUUAUUAGUGCGUUUGGGACACGGGUUACUGGAGUUUGCUUCGGGGAUAAAGUACAUGAUUUAGGAUUAACCGAAGGAAAAUUAGCGAUUUACGGGAUAGCAAGGCAUAGGAAAUGAUUAGGAUAUUGAGCAUAUCAUGGCACGGUUGAGCAUAACAAGGAGUUUUUUCUUUUUAAUUUCUUUGUUUAAUUUUCGUCUUUCUUGUUUUUUCUUCUCGCUGGGGCAUCACAGAUAUGCCAUGCGGUUCCAGAUAUCCACCCAACCCAAGCAUUUACAAAGACAUAAUCUAGGUUCAGGUUCAGGUUUUCAUUUCAGCGCUCAAGAUUAUGAGGUAUGAGUUAUUAUUUAUGGUUUAUGGUUUAUCUAUUACUUUCAUAGCACGCACUUUGUGCAUGUGCAUGUGGAUGUGGAUGGAGUUUUACUUUUUUUCCCCUUUAGUAUUAGGUUUGUUUUGGUGUUAAGAGUGUUGAGAAACCCAC